AUGGCUACCAUUGCAUCAAACAUCUACUUUCUCUUUUUAGUAUAUUUUCUAUGUCAGACAGUAUUUACACAGUCCAUAUCACCUGGCUCUUUAUUUUCCCCCACUGAUCACCCCCCUUCGUGGCCUUCACCUUCAGGUCGAUUUGCAUUUGGCUUUUACAAGCAAGGCAAUGGGUUCAAAGUUGGAAUCUGGUUGCUGGAUGGAAUUAAUAAAACAAUCGUCUGGACUGCAAAUCGCGAUGACCCUCCUGUCUCCUCAAAUGCAAGGCUCGUUGUAACCACAAAUGACGGGGUUUUUCUGCAAACAGGUCCAAGGGAAAAGAAGGUUGUUGCUGAUCCGGGGAAUGUAACUGUUUCCUCUGCUUCCAUGCUUGAUUGUGGAAACUUUGUUCUCCAAGACGGAAAUUCCAACAUCCUUUGGCAGAGUUUCGACCACCCAACUGAUACUCUGUUAGGAGGCCAAAAGCUAUUUUCUUGGGGUCAAUUGGUGUCUAGUUUAUCAGACAUCAACCAUUCUUCUGGAAGGUUUCAACUCUGGAUGCAGUAUGAUGGAAACCUUGUUCUGUACCCACGAUAUUCUGCUGCCACAGGUUUGGAUGCUUACUGGGCCUCUGAUACUGGUUCUGGCGGUGGUUCCAAAUAUUAUUAUCUUCUGCUCAACGGCACAGAUACUCAGACUCUAUGGAUUGUGAAUGCCAGUAGCUCCAACUCACAAAUUAUCUGGAGGAUGCCUAUCAACUUCAACUUCUCCAAAGGGAACAACGCUAUUUGUCGUGCAACUAUUGAUUUUGAUGGAGUUUUACGAAUCUACGCUCAUUUUGACGACGCACAUCAGAAACAUCAAGUUAAAAAGUUGUGGUCACGGUCAAAGUUGGACAAUCUUUGUAAUGUAAAGACUUUUUGUGGGUUCAACAGCUAUUGUACCUCCAAUGACAGCCAAUCUUAUUGCAAUUGUCUUCCCGGAACUGAUUAUAUAGACCCAAGUCAUAAGAAUCUGGGAUGCAAAAGGAACUUCUCAGAAGCUGAAUGUGAAGGUGGGAAAGAUAAUGCAACUUUUUAUUUCAUGUCCCCUCUUGAACAUAUGAGCGUGGAUGGUGAUCUUGACCAUCCUUAUACAGACGAAGACAUUAUGGAGAAGGAAUGCCCAAAUUCUUGUUUGCAAGAUUGUUACUGUGGGGCUGCCUUUUAUACAAACAAUCGGUGCAACAAACAUAAGCUUCCAUUGAGAUAUGCCAGAAGAGAAAAUCUAUCCUCCUACUCCACAAUAUAUUUCAAGGUGGGACAUCAAAGCCUCAAAAGCAACAGAGACAACCAGCCACCUUCGAUCAAGACUAACAGUAAGAAAGCAAUUAAGAUGAUCAUUCUCAUUGUCUUGGGUUUUGCUAUUCUUUUGUGUUCAGCAGUUGCUGUCGCUACCCGGUUUAUAUACAAGAUUGGAUUUUUAAGUUACAAGAGGUUGUUGGAGAUUGGAGAUUUAGGAGUGACCGAAGGGAGUACUCUGAGGGUAUUUUCAUACAGUGAGCUGAAGAAAGCCACACACGAUUUCAAACAAGAGGUGGGUAAGGGUUCCUUCGGAUCAGUUUACAGAGGAACUUUACACAAAGGAAGAAAAUUGAUUGCUGUGAAAAUGCUACACAAGUCAAUCGAUGAAGGAGAGAGAGAACUUGAAGCUGAAAUGCAAGCCAUUGGGAAAACACAGCACAAAAACUUGGUUCGCUUGCUGGGAUAUUGUGCUGAGAGAUCUAAAAGGCUUCUGGUUUAUGAGUACAUGAGCAAUGGCUCCCUUGAGAAGCUUAUCUUUGGUGACAGUACUAUGCGUCCAGAUUGGGAUCAGAGAAGAAGAAUAGCACUAGACAUUGCAAGAGGGUUGCUAUAUCUGCAUGAAGAAUGCAGGGCUCCUAUCAUUCACUGUGACAUAAAGCCUCAAAACAUAUUGAUGGAUGAGCUUUUCACAGCUAAAAUAUCUGACUUUGGGUUGGCCAAACUUCUGAUGCCAGAUCAAACAAGAACCUUCACUCAAGUUAGGGGCACAAGAGGCUAUUUGGCUCCAGAAUGGAAUAAGAACACUCCAAUAACAGUGAAAGCAGAUGUUUAUAGCUAUGGAAUAAUGCUUUUGGAGAUUGUUUUUUGCAGAAGAAGUAUAGUGGUUAAUAUGUUGAAUCCAGAACAAAUUGUUCUGUCUAAUUGGGUGUGCAAGUGCUUUGCUCGGCGAGAGUUAAACAAGCUGGUUGUAGGGGAAGAAGUGGAUAAUAAUUUACUGGAGAAUAUGGUGAAAGUGGGGUUAUGGUGUAUUCAAGAUGAACCUUUUCUUCGGCCAUCAAUGAAGAGUUUGGUGUUGAUGCUUGAGGGAGUUACGGAAGUGGCUAUUCCUCCUUGUCCAUAUUCUGAUUCUAUUUGCUAGGAAACAAAAGCGAACAAGAUGUUGCAAUUUCAUGUGGCUUUCAUUUUAUUUGUUUUUUAUUUUUGUGUUUCUGUGUAAUUUUUUCUUUAAGCUUGCGUACAUCUACCUAUUUGCCAGGAAUAAAAAAGAAUUAUAAAAUUAAUUUUGACAUU